GGCGGAUCUGCCCCAAACACAAGCAUAAGCACGUGGAACCCGGAGGUGUGCGCUCGCGCUGCGCAGACACGAGCAGCCGUUGAGCCUCCACCUGUUCGACUCGACGUGGCCGCAGGAGGCGAACCCGCUCCUGCGCCAGGCUUUUACGCGCCGCGUGCGACCGGAGGCUCGGCGACUGCGAUUUCGAUUUCGCGUGCGCUCGCGCGCAGAGAUGCUGCACACGGAGACGGGGCCCGCGUGAGGAGAGAACGCGCACGCUCUCCGGAUUCGCACCGACGCGUUAUCUACGCUGAUCCGCGCGCGACACACGAGAUAACACAGCACCGCUUUCCCUUCCACGGCAUCAGUCAAUCAGUCGCCGGGCUCCGAUCUCUAGUCUCCACCGCCUCCACCUUCCCCCGUCUGAGGCGGAGCCCCCCCCCGCGCUGCAGCCAUGCCCAAGAACACCAAGGUGACCCAGCGGGAGCACAGCAGCGAGCCGGUGACCGAGUCCGUGGCCGACCUGCUGUCCCUGGAGCAUCCCAUGGACUAUAAGAGCAGCCAGAUGAGCAUGGGCCUCAGUCCCGGCUCCACGGCUCCGGUGAAGGCUCUGCUUCCCUCCCCUGACCCAGACGCCGAGGACGGCCGCCCGGCCUGGAACAACAAGCUGGAGUACAUCCUGGCCCAGGUGGGCUUCUCUGUGGGCCUGGGCAACGUCUGGAGGUUUCCCUACCUGUGCCAGAAGAACGGUGGAGGUGCGUACCUCGUGCCCUACUUCAUUCUCCUCCUCCUCAUCGGCAUCCCCCUGUUCUUCCUGGAGCUGGCCGUGGGCCAGCGGAUCCGGCGCGGCAGCAUCGGGGUGUGGAACUACGUGUACCCGCAGCUGGGCGGCAUCGGAGUGUCCAGUCUGAUGGUCUGCGGCUUCGUGGGCCUCUAUUACAACGUGAUCAUCGGCUGGAGCAUCUUCUAUUUCUUCCAGUCGUUCCAGUACCCCCUGCCUUGGGCUGAAUGCCCCAUCCAGAGAAACGGAACCCAAGCCAUCGUGGAGCCAGAGUGCGAGAAGAGCUCCGCCACCACGUACUUCUGGUACCGACAGACGCUGAACAUCACCAGCACCAUCGACGACACCGGGGGCCUGAACUGGAAGAUGACCCUGUCCCUGCUGGUGGCGUGGAUCAUGGUCUGCCUGGCCGUCAUCAAAGGGAUCCAGUCCUCUGGGAAGGUGAUGUACUUCAGCUCCCUCUUCCCGUAUGUGGUGCUCUUCUGCUUCCUAGUGCGAGGUUUGUGGCUGAAGGGGGCGGUGGACGGCAUUGCCCACAUGUUCACCCCCAAGCUGGAGAAGAUGCUGGAGCCGCAGGUGUGGAGGGAGGCGGCCACGCAGGUCUUCUUCGCCCUCGGCCUGGGCUUCGGCGGCGUCAUCGCCUUCUCCAGCUACAACAAGCGGGACAACAACUGCCACUUCGACGCGGCGCUGGUCUCCAUCAUCAACUUCGUCACCUCCAUCCUGGCCACGCUGGUGGUGUUCGCCGUGCUGGGCUUCAAGGCCAACGUCAUGAACGAGAAGUGUGUCGUCGAGAACGCAGAGAGGAUCCUGGGAUACCUGAACACCGGCGCGCUGAGCCGGGAGCUCAUCCCGCCGCACAUCAACUUCUCCCACCUGUCCACUCAGGACUACGCUGAGAUGUACGGCGUCAUUAGGACGGUGAAGGAGGAGGGCUUCGGGCAGCUGGGUCUGGACCCCUGCGUGCUGGAGGACGAGCUCAACAAGGCCGUUCAGGGCACCGGCCUGGCGUUCAUCGCCUUCACGGAGGCCAUGACGCACUUCCCCGCCAGUCCCUUCUGGUCCGUCAUGUUCUUCUUCAUGCUGAUCAACCUGGGCCUGGGCAGCAUGAUCGGCACCAUGACGGGCAUCACCACGCCCAUUCUGGACGCCUUCAAGAUCCGCAAGGAGAUCCUGUGCGUGGUUUGCUGUAUUAUAGCUUUCCUGCUGGGCCUGCUGUUUGUGCAACGCUCGGGGAACUACUUUGUCACCAUGUUUGACGACUAUUCGGCCGGUCUGCCUCUCACUGUGGUGGUCAUCUUGGAAAACAUCUCUGUAGCCUGGAUCUAUGGCACCAAGCGGUUCAUGCAGGACCUGGAGGACAUGCUCGGCUUCAGGCCGUAUUCCUUCUAUUACUACAUGUGGAGGUACGUGUCGCCGGCUAUCUUGGUCGUGCUCAUCGCCGCCACCGUCAUCGAAAUGGCAGUGAGUCCCGCAGGAUACAACGCGUGGGUGGAGUCUGAGGGCUCAGAGCGUUUCCAAAGCUACCCUCCGUGGGCUUUGGCCAUGGCCUACGCCCUCAUCAUCGUGGCCAUGCUGCCUCUGCCCGUGGUCUACGUCGCCCGCCAGUUCAACCUGAUCUCCGACGGCUCCAACAAGUUGUCCGUCUCCUACCGCAAAGGCAUGAUGAAGGACAUCUCCAACCUGGAGGAGCAGGACGAGCAGCGCUUCAUCCUCAGCAAGAACCCCAGCGAGGCGCCCUCCCCGAUGCCGGCCCACCGGGCCUACCUGGGCCCCGGCGGCACCCAGGAGAUGACCAACACCAACUACGGCACCAGCGCCAAAACCGGCUACCAGAACAUCGGCUCGCCGGAGUCUGAGCUAUGAUCCACCGACCUGACCACUGAAACCCCCGCCCUGCUCGGAGAGAUACGAACAGAGUCGUGAAGGAGGUCGUGAAGAAGAGGAAGCCCACUGCCGCCCGUUGCAGCGUGCGUCACACCUUAACCCCCAGAGCGCGCUUCCCCCGCCCCGGCGUUCAGCUCCACCGCUCUCUGCCCAUGGUUCCUCUCUUCCUCCUCGUCACAAGGUCUGAGAUGAAGGGAUCGUGGAAGCGUCAGUCGUGUGACGUCAACCGAGGGAGGACUGAAGCUUAGAGAGGCUUCUCUGUGUAAUGAGCCGUGACUGAGGUUAAGGUGUGUGCACCGCCCCCAUCGCUUCGUACAUUAUGACGUGUCUGCAGCUUUAGACGACCAUAACCAUGUUGCGCUUCAGUUCUAGAUGAUUGUUUUUUCCGGGGACAGGACGGAAGCUCUUCUUAUCACUAGAUGAGAGCAGUUUCACCCACAGAAAAGGAAAUGCAUCCAUGUAACACACAGCAUUGAAAUCACUUUGCAUAUUUACGUCUACUGUGCCUAUCAUGCAUCAGCAAUAAUAACCAGUCGGUGGAAUCCUCAUUAGCUCCUUCCGUCCCUUCUCACCCCCACAUACUGUAGAAUACUGUACAUACUGGACGUGUUGUGCAAUAGUCUUACUUAAUGCACUUAGUGCACAUUAGUGUAAAGUAAGGUAAAUUUCAUUCCAGCUCUUUAUGGCUGUGGAAGCGCAGAUGUCAGAGUCAGAUGGUAGAUGAGCCUUUACACUGAGCAGAGACGUUCCUUCUCCGUCUGAACAAGGCUCUGGAGCUGCACGCGUCGUGUUUGCGCCGCCCCAGAUGCUCCUGGCCCGGACAAAAGCUUUUCCAUGGCAAUCAGCCUCUUUAAUCAAGGGUUGAAUCAAUGCCUCGCAGGUCGGAGGUGUGGGUGCGUGAGGGGGAACGAGCGGCGCGGCUUGUUUUCGAUCAGGCGGCAGACGUUGGGAAUUAGAAAUGCAGAUUCAUCUUCGCUCCCCGUGACCCUGCGAGUUUAAAAAUAGAGCAGCGCUCCCCAGCGCGCCAUAGAUACAGAUCCUCUGAGGAGGCGGAGGAGGCGGAGGAGGGCAGACGACUCGCUGUCUGCUGCACCUGCCGCCUGUUUGUUUAGCAAUACAGAGGUUUCACUGCCAGCGUCCUGUGGAGAGAGCCCCGACCACGUACCAGUGCAUUGAGUAAGACGUUUACGGCUCCUUUUUACUCUGGACUCAUCACUUCAUCCCCAGGAGGAUAAUGCUUAUGCUCGACUCUUGUACAUUCCUCACGUUUCAUGAGCACUGAAAUCUACACUUUGAUGUAUUUUUGUGAAACCAAGGUGAAAACUAAAGCCUUUUAUUUUUAUUGUAUACCAAUGUAUGUUUAGGGGUAUAAUAAUGUACUGUGAUCAAUGUUUGGAAUAAGUGAUAACACUGUUCUCACCACUGGGUGUCUCUGUUGGCCAGCGGAGGAGCCAGUGACACACACACACACACACACACACACACACACACACACACACACACACACACACACACACACACACACACACACGCAAUCUCAUGGCUCCUCCCUGACAACCAAUACUUGAGUGAACAGAUGUAGUGUGAAGCACAGUCAGACGCAUUGUUCGGUGCCUGAAUAGCAUCUCUGGUCUGUUUGCCUUAUGCGCUGGUCUUUUGGUUUUGUUGGUCAUGUAAUUUGUCUGUGCAGCGUUUGGACCGAUGUCUCAUCUCAUUCACUUGAGCACUUUAAUUACCUGGAGACCCUGGAGUUGUCUCCAAAGCACACGUUACACAGAAGCUUUGUGGGAUUUAGAAUGUCAUAGUUUGGGUAUUUGUAAACGUCCCAAUGGACACGUAACAUUAAUAGAGCACAGCUGUGUACAGCACGGUCUGUACAUUUCAGCAUGUAAAGCAUCCAGAUUCAAGCAACCUGUGACCUGUGAAAACAAGUGGCACAAAACCUCAGGUGACGACUCUCACCUGGACGGAAAGUGCAGCUUCGAGACUCAAAGCACAUUGAAAGAAGCACAGAAACGUGAGCACAACAGGGGUUCAGGUGGAGUCAAAGCCGUCGUGGGCCCCAAACACCAGAUUAUUGCUCCUGUUAGAAGUGGCAGCUCUCAGUGCUGCAGGUUCCACUACAUGACGCCAUUACAACCACAGCUACUUACACAGCGUCAGCGUCAUCACGAACUGCACACUAAUAGUAUAUUUACUAGUGGAAACCUCUUCAACUCCAGGGUCUCUGUUGUUCAUGUGUUGCUUUACGUUACUCAUUUCUAGAUUUGAACUCGGUUGUAUUAAUGGGAUUAAGCACUAAAACAUAGAAUAAUAGUGUUUUUGUUUAACAGAAUAGUUUAUGUGACCAAACUAUAGUUCUAUUUAUAGUAUUUAAGGAAAUGUAUUUAUUGUGUACAUAUUGAUGUACAUUCUGACAAAUUCACACUGAGUAUCAAUAGUAUGAGUGACUGAGUGUAUACUGUAAAUAAUAACUGUAUAUUUGGAGCUAUUUUUUGAUUUUUGUACUGUAGGUAAUGUUACUUUGGGUCUGUUGGUUUCUGGUGUUAGUGUGGGUUGUUGUCUAUCAAAGCAGCCGUCGCUGUGGGUGUGGGUGCUGUGUACCACAUGAGCGUGAGUGUGUCAGUAGCUGUAGGGUGUUGGUGUUUAGUGUACAUGUAUGUUUUCCUCCUCUCUCAGUGUUGUGUGCUGCUGAUCUAAUCCUGUCGUUACGGUGAACUGGAACCACUUACUCAGGCUCUCCGGAGCUGGUGACACAAUCGAGACGAGAGCUCAGCUAAAUCAGUGAGACAGAACCUUUGUACGAACAAGCAGGUGUGAACAGGGAACUGAAAUCACUUUUAUUAAACAGAAAUGUAUUAUGUG